AUGUGUAAGGAUUUGAUGAACCAAUCGCAGCAUUUGCAAAGAGUAGUUGAUCAUUUCACUACUGAACAAAUUGCAAAUAAUCGGUUGCAAUUGAAGGCCACAAUUUUUAUUGUGCGAUAUCUUGCCUUUCAAGCUAUAGCUUUUAGAGGUCAAGAUGAAAGUUUUAGUUCAUUAAAUCGUGGGAACUUUCAUGAAUCAUUGGGUAUUGUGACUUUUUGGAAUGAGAAGGUUGCUGAAAUAAUAGAAAAAGCUCCAAAAAAUGCAACCUACACAUCACCUAGGAUUCAAAAGGAAAUUCUACAUGUUUUCUCAGCCAAAGUGAAGAAGGCCAUUCGGGAAGAAAUUGGUGAUGCAAAGUUUUGCAUAAUGGUUGAUGAAGCUCGUGAUGAGUCCAUGAAAGAGCAAAUGGCUGUGGUGUUUAGAUAUGUUGAUGCAGAAGGCUUUGUGAAAGAACGCUUUUUUGGGCUUAUUCAUGCUGUUAACACUGCAGCUUUGACUCUAAAGAAGGGGAUAUAUUCUUUGUUAUCUCAAUAUUGCUUAGAUAUACAAAAUAUUCGAGGGCAAGGAUAUGAUGGAGCAAGCAACAUGCGAGGUAUGUGGAAUGGAUUACAAGCUUUGAUUUUGAAUGAUUGCCCAUAUGCUUACUAUAUCCAUUGUUUUGUACAUCGCUUACAAUUGGCAUUAGUAAAAGCAUCAAAACAAGUUGUUCCCAUUAGUCAUUUUUUUCUUACAUUGCUUUUUCUGAUCAAAAUUGUUAGUGCUUCAUGCAAGCGCAAUGAGCAAUUGAAAGUUGCCAAUGCUAAUGAAAUAGCACGUUUGAUUGAUCUUGAAGAGCUUGAGACUGGAAGUGGACUUAAUCAAAUUGGCACUUUACAACGACCUGGAGAAACACGUUGGAGUUCACAUUUUAGAUCAGUUUCUAGCUUAUUAAGGAUGUUUAGUUCAACUGUUGAAGUUUUACAAAAUAUAAUUGAUGGUGCAAUUGAUGGAGAAAAUCGGGCAGAAGGAGAGUCAGCUUAUGAAGGUUUAACUUCAUUUGAAUUUGUUUUCAUCUUGCAUCUUGAGAAGGAAACUAUGGAGAUCACUGAUAAACUUUGUCAAGCUUUGCAAAGCCAAUCUCAAGACAUUUUAAAUGCUAUGCAUUUAGUUUCAUCUACUAAAGCACUUAUCCAAAAAUUUAGAGAUGAUGGAUGGGAUGGCUUACUCACCACUGUGAUAUCAUUUUGUGAGAAGCAUCGCAUUGAUGUCCUGGAUAUGAAUGCUCGUUAUGUUGCGAGGCGAGGUCGAGCUCGUAAUCAACCAGAUAACGUUACAAAUGAGCAUCAUUAUCGAAUAAAUAUUUUUUAUGCUACAAUUGAUUCUCAACUACAGGAACUAAAUUAUCGGUUUAAUAAAGAUGCAAUGGAGUUGCUUAGGCUUAGCUCAGCUUUAGAACCUCGAGAGGCAUUAAAAUCUUUCAGAAUUAGUGAUCUUUGUUUGUUGGUAAAGAAUUUCUAUCCACAAGAUUUCACAGAUUAUGACAAACAAGUGUUGGAGAAGGAGCUUUAUCAUUUUAAGCAUAAUGUAGUCCAAGAUUCAGAGUUCAAAAAAUUGAAAAGUUUAUCUGAGUUGUCUCAAUGGUUAGUGAGAACUGGAAAUUCAGAACACUACAAACUUGUUUAUAGAAUGGUGAUACUUGUGCUUACUCUUCCAGUUUCUACUGCUACUACAGAGCGAGCAUUUUCAGCUAUGAAACUUGUCAAAACUGAACUUCGAAACAAAAUGGAAGAUGACUUUUUGAAUGACUCUUUGAUGUUAUACAUUGAAAAGGAUAUAGCUUCGACAUUUAGUUUGGAUUCAAUAGUAGAUGAUUUUGAAGAUUUGAAAGAGCGUCGAGUUCCCUUUUCAUAG